AUGGACAAGAAACUGGGUCUCGACUCGGCCGACGCGCUGAUGGCUCAGGGCCCCAACGCUCUGCACAGCUACGUUGCCGACAAAGUGCAGGCUGCCAUGGGCAAGGCCAUGCCUCAGAUGGAGGUGCGCUUUAAGAACCUGUCCAUCUCGGCCAACGUGUUCGCUUCCAGCCACUCGGAUCCCAAGUCCCAGCUACCUACACUCUACAACUGCGUUAAGAAAUCGGCUGCCAAGAUCAACGCCAAGAACCACACAGCCGAGAAAGGGAUCCUCAAGAAUGCCAGUGGCGUCUUCAAGCCGGGUACAAUAACGCUGCUACUGGGCCAGCCUGGGUCAGGCAAGUCGUCUCUCAUGAAGGUACUGAGUGGUCGAUUUCCAUUGGAGAAGAACGUGACCAUCGAGGGUGCGAUUACGUUCAACGGCGUCCCGCAAACCGACAUCAUGAAGCGUCUACCACAGUUCGCGGCGUACGUGACGCAGCGUGACAAACACUUCCCCACUCUGACAGUCACAGAGACGCUCCAGUUCGCACACGCCUUCUGUGGAGGUGGCAUCUCCAACCGCACAGAGAAACUCCUCUCCAAAGGUACUCCAGAAGAGAACACAGCGGCGUUGGAAGCGCUGGAGGCACUAUAUGCGCACUACCCGGACGUGGUGAUUAAGCAAUUAGGACUUGAAAACUGCAAAGACACCAUCGUGGGCAACGCUAUGCUUCGCGGCGUAUCAGGUGGAGAACGCAAACGCGUGACGACUGGCGAGAUGGAGUUUGGUAUGAAGUACAUGACGCUCAUGGACGAGAUCAGUACUGGUCUCGACAGUGCGGCUACCUUCGAUAUCAUCAGCACACAGCGUGGUAUCGCUAAAACACUGCAGAAGACAGUUGUUAUUGCUCUUCUGCAGCCUUCACCUGAAGUAUUUGAGCUGUUCGACGACGUGAUGAUCCUGAACGACGGUGAAGUCAUGUACCACGGACCCCGCGACCAAGCCGUGCCAUUCUUUGAGAGCUUGGGCUUUAAAUGUCCAGCGGAUCGUGAUGAGGCUGACUUCCUUCUCGACUUGGGAACCAACCAGCAGUACGGCUACGAAGUGAACUUACCGUCAGAAAUGACCCACCACCCGCGGUUAGCCAGCGAGUUCGCUGAGAUUUUCCGACGUUCGUCAAUUCACGAGCGAAUGCUGCAGGCAUUAGACAACCCACACGAACCAGCGCUCCUUGAGAACGUUGGUGCGCACAUGGAUCCGAUGCCAGAGUUUCGUCGCGGUUUUUGGGAAAACACCCGGACGCUCAUGAAGCGUCAGACGAUGGUUACUCUCCGUAACACUGCGUUCAUCAAAGGGCGCUGCAUUAUGGUGGUGCUGAUGGGACUCAUCUACUCGAGCACAUUCUGGCAAGUAGACCCAACGGACGUCCAGGUAGCUUUGGGAAUAAUGUUCCAAGCCGUGUUGUUCCUCGCUUUGGGGCAAGUUUCUCAGAUCCCCACGUUCAUGGCAGCCCGCGAUGUGUUCUACAAGCAACGCGGAGCCAACUUCUUCCCGACGGCUGCUUAUGUACUGGCGUGCUCUGUGGCUCAAAUUCCAAUGGCCGUUGCUGAGAGUGUCAUCUUCGGCUCCAUGGUCUACUGGAUGUGCGGCUUUGUGGCCACUGCUGGAGCGUUCAUCUGCUACAUGAUCCUACUUAUCCUGACGAACCUGGUGUUUUCGUCGUGGUUCUUCCUGCUCACAGCCAUGUCUCCGGACUUCCACAUUGCUAAGCCGUUCGCGACGUUUACAGUGGUUUUCUUCAUUCUGUUUGCUGGUUUCGUCAUGGCCAAGAGUACGAUGCCUGGUUGGUUUGUGUGGAUCUACUGGAUCAACCCUAUCGCGUGGUGUCUGCGUGGUCUCGCUGUGAAUCAGUAUCGUGCAGCCAAGUUCGACGUCUGUGUCUAUGAGGGUGUGAACUACUGCGCUGACUACAAUAUGAACAUGGGCGAGUACUAUUUGUCUCAAUACGACGUGCCGUCGUCCAAGGUCUGGGUGUGGGCUGCCAUGCUCUUCAUGAUUGCAUGCUACGCUCUCUUCAUGGCUUUGGGAUGCUACGUGCUCGAAUACCACCGUUUCGAGAGCCCUGAGCACACGAUCGUCAAGGACAAGGACGAAGAAUCCGAUGAGAGCUACGCGCUAGUUGCAACUCCAAAGGGUUCCAGUACCAGCUCGGCUGAGCGAGCUAUUGCUCUGGAUAUUGGACGUGAGAAGAACUUUGUGCCAGUGAUUCUUGCCUUCCAGGAUUUGUGGUACUCAGUCCCGAAGCCUGGAAACCCCAAGGAGUCCAUCGACUUGCUCAAGGGUAUUAGUGGAUUCGCUACGCCUGGUAACAUGACGGCUCUCAUGGGCUCUUCUGGCGCUGGUAAGACGACGUUGAUGGACGUGAUCGCCGGUAGAAAAACGGGCGGUACGAUCAAGGGAAAGAUUCUGCUGAACGGCUAUGAAGCGAACGACUUGGCUAUCCGUCGAUCCACUGGUUACUGCGAGCAGAUGGACAUCCAUUCGGACGCGACGACAUUCCGUGAGGCUUUCACGUUCAGUGCAUUCCUUCGUCAAGAUAGCAGUGUCCCGGACCACAAGAAAUACGACUCGGUGGAGGAAGUUCUCGACCUUUUGGACAUGCACGACAUCGCCGAUCAGAUUGUACGUGGCAGCUCCGUGGAGCAGAUGAAGCGUCUGACUAUUGGUGUGGAGGUGGCUGCCCAACCCAGCGUCUUGUUCUUAGAUGAACCGACCAGUGGACUGGACGCUCGUUCGGCAAAACUUAUUAUGGAUGGCGUUCGUAAGGUGGCAGAUAGCGGGCGUACGAUCGUGUGUACGAUUCACCAGCCUUCGUCUGAUGUGUUCUACCUGUUCGACCACUUGCUGUUGCUCAAGCGUGGUGGUGAGACGGUGUUUGUUGGCGAACUCGGUGAGAAAUGCCGUAAGUUGGUGGAGUACUUCGAGUCGACCCCUGGGGUCGCUCCGUUGCCUGACCGAUACAACCCGGCCACGUGGAUGCUAGAGUGUAUCGGUGCCGGUGUCAACAACGGAGGUCAUAGCACGAUGGACUUUGUCGAGUACUUCAAGAACAGCCAGGAGAAGCGCUUUCUGGACAAUGAGAUGGCACAAGAAGGAGUCACCGUACCAGCUCCUGAUCUACCGGAGAUGAUCUUCCAGAAGAAACGUGCGGCCAGCUCAUGGACACAGGCCAAGUUCUUGACAACGCGCUUCAUGCGCAUGUACUGGCGUACACCCACGUACAACAUGACGCGUUUUGCCAUCGGUCUGUUCCUAGCUCUGCUCUUCGGCUUAACGUAUGUGGACGUGGAGUAUGUGAGUUACCAAGGGAUCAACGGCGGUGUGGGAAUGGUGUUCAUGACGACGCUGUUCAAUGGCAUCGUGUCGUUCAACGGUGUGUUGCCUAUUGCAUCGGGAGACCGCGCUGCUUUCUACCGUGAGCGCGCUUCACAGACGUACAAUUCGCUCUGGUAUUUCGUUGGCUCGACGAUCGCUGAGAUCCCGUACGUGUUUAUCAGCUGUCUGCUUUUCACGGUCAUCUUCUAUCCGUUAGUUGGCUUCACCGGCUUUGGAACGGGCGUGCUCUACUGGAUCAACCUUUCGCUAUUGGUGCUGUUGCAGACGUACAUGGGGCAACUCUUCGUCUACGCGCUACCGAGCGUGGAGGUGGCGGCCAUCAUCGGUGUACUCAUCAACUCGAUCUUCUUCUUGUUCAUGGGCUUCAACCCUCCGGCCAAAUCCAUUCCUAGUGGCUACCGUUGGCUCUACACGAUCACCCCUCAGCGAUAUCCGCUUUCGAUCAUGAUGGCUCUGGUCUUUUCCGAUUGCCCGACAGAGCCAACGUGGGACAGCAAUCUCGGACAAUACGUCAACGUUGGAUCGGAGCUUGGUUGCCAACCUGUGACGAACCUUCCAGUGACGAUCGACCACAUUACAGUCAAGGGCUACAUGGAAUCGGUGUUCGAGAUGAAGCAUGACGACAUCUGGAGCAACUUCGGCUACGUCUUCGUGUUCAUCGGCGCUCUACGCCUACUCGCGCUGCUAUCGCUGCGGUAUAUCAACCAUCAGAAGAGAUAA